AUGCUGGUCAUCCUAUUCAAAACCUACCGCAUUUUGGUCAUCUUCGAGUUACCACCCACCUCUUUGGUUAAUAUUCACACCGACCGGAAACUCCGAGAUCGACGCCAUUUUUUUGGUCUUUUGGCUGUUGGGGUUUUCGUGUUCGGCGUCAUGUGCGUUACGACAUACAUGAUCACGCCGCGGGUCACGUUUCAUUAUUCUGACAGCGAUGCUGUAUUCAUCGACUGCGGACACAACUGGGAAUAUCUGAACUACGUCGCCGUGUCCAUUUUCGGCACACUGACCAUUGUCAGCGUUUAUAUGGCUUACAGAGUCAGAAAGUUACCGGAGAACUUCAACGAGGCUCACCAGAUUAGUUCGGCCGUCUUUAUUCUUUUUCUCGUCUGGAUCGUGACUCUGAUCGCAAUUUUGACACCGCAGGCACAAAAAAAGACCGCUUAUUUCUGCAUAUCUAUUCAGGUGCAAGCCCUCGUUGUUUUGUUAUUCAUGAUUUUGCCAAAACUGAAGGUGGUCUUGUGCAACCCGUCUAAGGACACACCGGAAGCGAUCAGACUGCAAACAAUCGCCUAUGUGAUGAAGGAACAGUCGAAACCGAGGAAGGAUAGUACUUCUACGAUAUCGACAAUUAGUAAUCUGAAUUUGUAA